AUGAACCCAACUUUGCAAGAAGCUAACUCCUUCGUAUUUGCUGCUUGCCUGUUAUUUUAUUGGCGAAACAACAAUCCUGGUAGUAGAAAGUCACUUCAUGGUUUUAAUGUUUUAAUUACCGGCGGAUCAAGCGGAAUUGGUCUAUCUCUGGCUAAGUUGUUUUACGGAGCUGGUGCUAAUGUAACAAUCGUCGCUCGAGACCUGAAGAAACUUGAGUCUGCACGGGAAAUUAUAAAAUGUGGAAAAGAUAGAAAUAACAAUGUCUUUAUUUUGUCAGUUGAUUUGACCUCAGAGUAUAGUGUUUUGAAUGAAAUCUUCAGUAAACAUGUGGCUACUCUUGGAUCUGUUGAUAUUUUAGUGAAUUGUGCUGGCUAUGCUGUUGCGCGCAAGUUUUUGGAUACUCCUACUGAUGAUAUCCAGGGAAUGUUACAUUUGAAUUACUUAUCUGCUGUUCAUGUGACAAGAAUUUUAUUGCCUUACAUGUUAGACCAGAAAUUCCACCAGACUCAUGAACGACGCAUUGCCUUCAUUUGUAGUCUUGCCAGUCAAGUAGGUGUGUAUGGUUAUGCAGCAUACACGGGUAGUAAAUAUGCUUUACGUGGUUUCGCGGAGACAUUGGAAAUGGAGUUGGGACAUAAAGGCCCAUUUGUAACAAUCGCUUUCCCACCCGAUACAGACACUCCGGGAUACAUUCGUGAAAAUGUUGGUAAACCAGUUGUAACUAAAGCGAUAUCUGCUACUGCAGGGCUAGCGUCACCGGAUGAUGUGGCAAAGUCUGUAUAUUUGGAUAUAAUGAAUGGAAAAUUGAUUAGUACAUGUGGAUUAGAAGGAGUAUUUCUUUCUUGGAUAACUGCUGGGAUAUUUCCUCCUUUAAUGGAAAAUUUCAACUAAAAUGAAAGAAGACAGAACAGAAGCCUUUCAUAACUGAAAUGAUUACAGGUAACUGAUUCAUAAAAUCGAGAAAAGCUCCUUGAUUUAAGUAAUGAAAGAAGUGUUUAUAAAUAAUAGCAUACUGUGAUUUUUCAUCAAGCUUCAUGAAGGAUACUCAAAGCUGUGAUGUUUUGUCCAGACGUUAAUUCAAUAGCGUUCUGCCAAAUUUAGUGUUUUUAGUAGAAACGUUUGAAUUCGUUUAUCUUGGGUAGUAACGAUGAUUAGUCAGUCUUAAUAAAUUUGAAAGCUGAAUAACUGAUUUCUUGUAAGUUAUAACACAUCAUAAUCAAAAUGAAGUUCACAAUGAAACGUAGUCGUCAAAGUUUUAGGCAGGGAUCUAUACUGUUUCUUAAAUAUGCGUUGCUUAAUCAAGUUCGGAGCAUUGAUUGACGUCUUGCUAUGAACGCAUAUGACUAAACAAGUAGCUUAUAAAACAUGAUGCCUAAAUAUGCUUCCUUGAACAACAAAGUGCGUAAAAAACACUGCAUCCAAGGCUUUAUAAUUAAUGGUUCUAACUAGUUUUGUAGAAAAUCUAUUCCUGAAACAUCUUGAAAGAUCAAAUUAAUUUACUAUUUUAAUCAACAAAUUUCAGUGGGACUUCGUUAUUAGGUUAAGAUUUCUGGAACCUUGAAAUGAUGUAAGGAUAGUAACCAGUGUACUUUUUUAUUGUAAAUCUCUUCUAUCAACAUGGUUUACUUUUGUUAGCAAUCAAAGAUUAUUGAUUUCAUGAAUAAGUGAGUUAUUAAAUACAAUCAUUCCUCGAUUACUUGCUGUCAAUAACAACCAUGUCAAUAGUAGUAUUAGUAACAUUCAAACGAGCGACUUGAAAAACUGUCCAAUUUAUUCCUUACUGACUAUGCGCAUGAAAUAUUCUGAUUUUGUUCUCAAAAAGAUAAAAGAACAAUUAUUACUAAGGUAAAAGAUGAAAAGGACCAGUGAGGUAAACUAAAAAUAAGUAGUUUUUAACUUAGUUAAUAAGGGGAUAAAUUCACUUCAUUUUCUUACUUUCCACGUAAUCAGUGAAGUUGAUAAACACAUGGUAAACUACUUAUAUUUAGUAUUACAUUGAUUUAAGUGUAACUUAAAGCCAACUUCAUGAAGUUAUUUAAAAUGAGAUUUUUAAUCCUUCCUUAACGAUAUUUCAUCAGAUGUUUUAGAAUGGAAGUUUUGAAUUUCUUAUUAUAUAACUGAACAGUUCAAUAAUGGAUUUUGGUUUAGUUAUCUAGGGAAACACAGGUUUCAAACUUUUCCUGUUAUGGGAAUAUUAUAUAACAGCAUGGAGUUGUGUAGGUUGUUGGAUGUUUUUUGAGAUCAUGGACCGAUCAAUGUUAUACCGCCGCGAUAAGUCUGGAAACACUAGAUGUUUAAACAGACAUAAUUACAUGUGUAUUUUAUUAUUAAAAUGUGCUAGAUUUUUAUCAAUACAAAUUUGUUUCAAUUUUCACUUUUACUUGAAUUUUAAGUUUUAAGUAAAGUAAUUCAAUGAAAUUAUAACAAAAUAUUGUAUUGCAUAUUUUAUUACUCAUGUUAGUGAUAAAACACAAAUGAACAUUCUUCAUAAAAAGAACAAUGUAACUUUCCAACUGAUUGCAACAGUGAUAAUGUUAAUGAAAUCAAGUUACUUGAUUUGAAGUGUUUCAAACUUUAAAAUGGUUAGUUUUGUAUCAAAGUUGUUUGAAAUCUCCACAUUCAAUGUAAAAUAUCUAUUAAAAUAUAAAUUAAAAGAGCUUUAGAACUAUAAAUUGGCAAUAUAUUUCUGUUAUUCUAUUAAGUUUGUUAAGUUUGAUUUGAAGUUUGCUGAAAAACCUUUGCAUUAACAUUGAAAAAUUCAUCUAUUCUUAAUAACUUUUCCUUCUAUACAACGAGGUAGUUAAUAGAUUUUUACUAAAAAGUUCAGUAAAUGCUUGGUAGUAUUCUAAUUCAUAGGUUAUGUACAUUUCUAAUUGUCCGACUUAUUUUACUUGUAUUCAUUCCAUUUAACUGUAAAAAAUAUUAUUGCAUGUACUACUUGUACUCACAGAUAUAAGUAGUGUGUUUCAGAUACUGAAAGUAGAAAUCUUACGGACAGAAAAGAAAAAUGAGCAGAGAAAAGAAAACAGAAAGCAACUGAAAUAAUAACAGUAAAGAAAGAACACUGAAGUUUGUCAAGGACAACUCAAGAAAGAUCGGCAAAUAGUGCAUAAUGUAUUGUUUUCAUACUUUACAAAUACAGUGGGUGAUUUUACAGAUUGUAAUAAAUUGGUUUAGUACCCAAGACUCCAUUCAUUGCACUAAUUAAAUUUUUAAUUAAAUCUUAAUCCUACUUCAUUGAUGUUCAAUGAAAUAACUGGAAUAUAUUGACAGUACACGAACAGUAAUAUCAUUUGUUUAUUAAAUAACUUUUAUGCUUCCUUGUUGAAUAUCUAAUCUCUUAUGAUUUCAUAGCUAUCAUGAUGAUACAAAAGUAUCACGUUUUUUCCAAUUUCUUUUGAUUCUAUGCGUCACGUAAACCCAGAUAUGUAGUCAUUUUGAGAUAUUGGUACAUAAUUGACUUAACCGCGUAAAACAGCAUGUUAUUAAGAACCUUAUGUUACUUGGUUCGAAAAUCUAUUUCCACUAAAUAUGCAUCUAAUCUACAUUUCUUUAAACAAAAAUAAGAAAUUUGAAAAAUAAAGAUUACUUUAUCCUCUCAAUUUGUUACUUUUGAUUUGGAGAAAUAAACUGCUGAAGAAUUUGUACAGUAAUUCGGAUUAUGGAAGAUUCUUUACGUGACUUGAUCAAAAAUCGAAAGGGGUCAAAGAAGGUUUACAGUCAAUAUGAAAUGAAAUGUUAAAAUUAAGGGUCGGGCCAAAUUAUUUGAAAAAUGCCAAAUUUUAUAGCUAAAACAUUUAUUUUUUUAGAAUGAAAUAUUAGAAAGCUGAUUGAAUCAUAAAGUAAAAACCGUAAAAUCGAUGUACAAAAGGAUUAUUUAUUUUUGAAGGUAAGAUCCCUUGAAUAUAAUCAAGUUUUAUUCAAGUUCAUUUAAACUUACGUUCUAUGAAAUGUCCAGUAUGCAGUAAGAUACUGUAAUCAUUUGACUUAUAGUUUUCAUCCAAACUGCUUGGUCCAGACGAAAGAAGUGAAAGAGAUACUGGAAUACGAGUUGAGUAGACAGUUACAUCAUCCGAUUGAUGGUCGGAUUUCAUUGAAGUACUUGGUAAUAAUAAUGGAGUUAAUCUGCAGUCAUCAUCUAUGUACGAAAGUAUGAGAGAUAAAAACAAUCAGAUUAAAUGUUAAGGUCGAAUGUUAUACUUUUACAUAAAUAAAUAUUGAACAUUUGUCAUCAAAGUAUUUAGCUAAAGAAAUGUAAAUAUACGUAAUUUGUACGGUCUCUCAACAUUUUGAUGAAUUUCUGAUCAUUAGGAAACUUUGGAUUCAAGCUGUAUAUGCAACCAAAGAGUCAAGUUCGUUUGACCAAACAUGACAAUUAACGAUGUUAAUGACAAGUCAUUCGAAUGCGAUUAUUUAAGUGACCGUACGGAUAUUUCUGUGAUAUUCUAGAAAUCCCAUAGUAAAAGACAUUUUCUUUAAAUGAUAUCCAGUGAACAACAUUUGAAUAAAAAAGCUUCAGUAGGCCGUUUGGAAUUCAAAAGCUUUCAUCAUCACCUUGUAUCUAACUGUAAUGAUUUUGUACCCAUACUAUACUUAAUGCUUAAAUCAAACAAAUUUAUAACUGACUUUUAUCUAUAUAUAACUUGAGUUUCAAAACGAUAAUCAAUUAAUUUGACGAAAAAGAGUAUUCUUUCUUUCUAUGUAGUAUACAUUACUUUUUUACUCAUUAACAAAUUAAGAAUCUAUAAUUUAAUGGUAAGUAUUGUCCAAAUUAAUUUAUCAAUGCAUUUAACUGAAUCAUCAUAUUCAGUUUCUUUCAGCCGUUUCUAAUACUAGUCGGGACUGGGCGUCGUAGUAAACGGUGUUCAGGCAUACGUAACACAUAACCCAACCAUCUUAUUCGAUGAAGAUUCACAACCUUAUCAACUGAUUUACCAUUAUCCCCUAAUACCCUGCGUCUAACCUCACUAUUACUUACCUGAUGAUCCCAGCAAAUGCAAACAAUAUUUCUAAGACAUCUGUGAUCAAAUACUAGCAUGAAAAUUUAUCAAAUUUCAAAGAGAUAUCCUAAUACAUAUUUUGUAUACUUGUUUACUCUUUUCACUAAUGCUUAGUUGUUUCGUUUUUUUGUAAUCAUUUUCUAAGAUUUUGUUUUAAAAAAAGAUUCAUUAAUGAUUGUAAUAAAAAUUAUUAUUUUGGUUAUCUUUUGUAAAUUACCUUUGGUAGUGCAAAAGUUCAAAUCAUUUUAUAGCAUAUAAAAUUCUUUCAUUCUAAAAAUAGAAUCAAGUAAGAUUUUCCAUAAUGAUCUAGCUUCAAUUGACUCAUAAUCUCAACUCUUGAAAUAAUGUUGAAUUUAUUUUGCCUUUGUGGUUUAUCUUUACUUUUUUAUACAAUGAUUUAAUGCAUUUGUUUAAAAAUCAAUUUUUCUCAUUAAGAAAAGAAGAAGAAGAAUAUCAGCAUAGGGGUUGUGGAGAUUAUUAAGUUUUUGAUUGAGAUCAUGAACCGAUUGAUGUUAGACGACCGUUGAAAAC